UCUCGUUUGAUUUUCGGAAGAAAUUCAUGAAAAUCCAUAGCUGAAACAUAAUCGAAAAAAUUCUCUGAAAUUUCAUCGCAGUGUUUGUUGAAUUGCGAUGAGCGGUAACGAAUUCCGGUUCUUCUUAUCGUGCGAUAUUAAUCUUCCUGCCACUUUCAAAAUCGAGAGAUUGGAAGGGAAAUUGUCUCCGCUUCAGCCCCCUGAUUCAGCUGAUGGUGAUUGUACGGUAGAGGAGAGGAAGCCGGAGUUGUACGUUGAGUGCUUGUUGUAUAUCGAUGGCGCACCUUUUGGGCUUCCCAUGAGAACGAGGUUGGAAUCAGUAGGUCCAUCAUAUUGUUGGAAUGAACUUAUAACGCUGAGUACUAAAUAUCGUGAUUUGACAGCAAAUUCACGGCUUGCUCUUACUGUUUAUGAUGUUUCAUGUGGGAAAAACGAGGAAGUGGUUGGUGGGGCCACCAUUCAUCUGUUUAACAUGAAAAAACAGCUCAAGAGUGGGAAGCAUAAGCUUAGGCUUUGGGCGGGCAAAGAAGCGGAUGGCUCUAUAAACACAACUACCCCUGGGAAGGUACCUAAAGACGAGAGAGGAGAAUUAGAGCGUCUGGAAAAGCUUGUAAACAAGUAUGAGAGAGGACAAAUUCAAAGAGUUGAUUGGCUGGAUCGGCUUGCGUUCAAAGCGAUGGAGAAAAUUAAGGAACGUGAAAGCAUAAAAAAUGGAAGUUCUCAUUUGUACAUCAUUGUUGAUUUCUGCAGCUUUGAACAUCGGGUGGUUUUCCAGGAGUCUGGAGCAAAUUUCUUGAUUCCAUCCCCAAUAGCUUCAACAAAUGAACUGGUUACAGUAUGGGACCCUGAAGUGGGAAAAAUUAACCCCUCUGAGCACAAGCAACUAAAGCUGGCAAGAAGUUUGAAUCGUGGCAUAAUUGACAAAGAUCUUAAACCCAGCAUUACAGAAAGGAAGUCUAUACAAAGGAUAUUAAGAUAUCCACCGACAAGGACUUUGACUGGAGAGGAGAAGCAGCUCCUCUGGAAAUUUCGUUUCUCAUUGAUGUCUGAGAAAAGGGCUCUGACAAAAUUCUUGCGUUGUGUUGAAUGGAGUGAUGUUCAGGAAGCUAAGCAGGCAUUAGAACUGAUGGGCAAGUGGCAGACAAUUGAUGUUUCUGAUGCACUAGAGCUUCUAUCUCCAGUUUUUGAGAGUGAAGAGGUCCGAGCAUAUGCUGUAAGCGUUCUUGAAAGAGCUGAUGAUGAAGAGCUCCAGUGCUACCUACUUCAGUUGGUUCAAGCUCUUCGUUUUGAACGUUCUGACAAGUCUCGCCUUAGUCAUUUCCUUGUACAACGAUCGUUAUGCAAUAUUGAAUUGGCUAGCUUUCUGCGGUGGUAUGUAGCAGUGGAACUCCAAGAUCCUGUAUAUGCAAUACGUUUUUAUAGCACAUAUGAGAUGUUGCAAGAAAGUAUGUUACAGCUGGGGCCCGCUACAAGUGGUGGUGAAGACGGUGUUGAGCUUUGGCAGAGUUUGGUGCGUCAGACAGAAUUGACCGCACAGCUGUGUUCAAUAAUGAGAGAUGUAAGAAAUGUAAGGGGCGGAACCCAAAAGAAGAUCGAAAAACUUAGGCAUCUUUUAACCGGGCUUCUUAGUGAACUUACCUACUUUGGUGAGCCAAGAAGAUCACCUUUGGCACCGAAGGUCCUUAUAACAGGGAUCAUACCAUCAGAAUCAUCAAUCUUCAAAAGUGCAUUGCAUCCAUUGCGUCUUUCUUUUCGAACAGCAAGUGGAGGAAGCUGUAAGGUCAUAUUUAAGAAGGGAGAUGAUCUUAGGCAAGACCAGUUGGUUGUUCAAAUGGUAUCAUUAAUGGAUCGUUUGCUCAAGCUGGAGAAUUUAGACCUGCAUUUAACUCCCUACAUAGUGUUAGCAACAGGGCAUGAUGAAGGCAUGCUGGAAUUCAUUCCGUCCAAAUCUUUAGCGCAGAUUCUGUCGGAACAUCGAAGUAUUACAAGCUACCUGCAAAAGUUUCACCAAGAUGAUAACGAACCUUUUGGAAUAACUGCAACAUGUCUGGACACUUUCAUAAAAAGUUGUGCUGGCUACUCAGUUAUCACGUAUAUACUGGGCAUCGGUGACAGGCACCUUGAUAAUCUGCUGCUACAAGAUGAUGGUCGCCUAUUUCAUGUUGAUUUUGGUUUUAUACUUGGUCGGGAUCCAAAGCCUUUCCCACCACCUAUGAAACUUUGUAAAGAAAUGGUUGAAGCUAUGGGUGGAGCAGAAAGUCAAUACUACACGAGAUUCAAAUCCUACUGCUGUGAAGCUUACAACAUUCUCAGAAAAUCGAGCAAUCUAAUAUUAAAUCUGUUUCACUUAAUGGCCGGUUCGAACAUUCCUGACAUAGCUUCUGAUCCUGAAAAAGGCAUCCUUAAGCUUCAAGAAAAGUUCCGUCUGGACUUGGAUGAUGAGGAGUCGAUACAGUUUUUCCAGGAUCUUAUCAAUGAGAGUGUCAGUGCAUUAUUCCCGCAAAUGGUGGAAACCAUCCAUCGAUGGGCACAAUAUUGGCGGUGAUUAAACGCAUUCGGUGUAGAAAUUUCAGGUGGGCGGAACAAUUUUAUUUUUCUUGUAUUUAUGAUAUAAUAUUAGCAAAUCCUCGUUCCUUCAAAUUAAACUUGAACCGUUUCUUUUAAGAUGACCGACUUAUGAUUCUUUGCCAAUUGGAGCCCGAAGAAAAAGACGUACCAUUUAGUUAACAUUGUAUAUAAAUUGCAACAUGACUUGUUAAUGGCUUUGUAUAUAACUUAAUUUUAGAGAUGAUUCGGACUUGUUUUGAUUAGCUC